CGAAAGCAGAGGGACAACCAUUGCGUACACGCCUCCAACAUUUGCGUGAAUUCGGCAUUUUAAAUGCUUCACCAAUGACUGACGGCAAAAGCGGCGCGGCUCUGUGAGAUGGGACAUGGGCAGCCUUAGUGCAGAAUAUGAAACUGCUCCGAUAAUGGAGGAAACCACACGGAUACUGCAAAAUGAGCUCAAGUUGGACGCAGAUCUUAACAUCCCCUCAGCUGAGCCCAUGGUGAAGAGAGACUAUCAUCAAAAGGUGUUCGUCAACAGAAGUCUGACCUUGGAAAACAUCAAGUGCUAUGGUUUUGAUAUGGACUACACUCUGGCAAUGUACAAAUCUCCUGACUAUGAGGGCCUGGGUUUUGAGCUGCUAAGAGACAGACUGGUGUCCAUUGGCUACCCUCAUGAGCUUCUCCGCUACACAUACGAUCCCAGCUUCCCCACACGUGGUCUAGUGUUUGACACCAAAUAUGGGAACCUCCUGAAGGUGGAUUCCAAUGGGAAUAUUUUACUCAGCAGUCACGGCUUCACCUUCCUCAAAAGGGAGGAAAUCCAAGACUACUACCCCAACAGGUUCAUUCAGAGAGACGACACCGACCGUUUCUACAUUCUGAACACCCUCUUUAACCUUUCAGAGACUUAUAUCUAUGCGUGCCUUGUGGACCUCUUCACCAGAUGCAGCAGAUAUACAAACCUCCCGAAAGGCUACCAGCACGGCGACUUGUUUAUGUCCUUCAGAAGCAUGUUCCAGGACGUUCGAGACGCAAUGGACUAUAUUCACAAUACAGGAAGCCUGAAAGAGAGGACUAUCAAGAAUUUGGAGAAAUACGUCGUCAAAGAUCCAAAUCUGCCUGUGCUCUUGAGACGGCUGAAGGAGGUAGCCAAGGUCUUCCUUGCCACCAACAGCGACUACAUCUUCACCGAGGCCAUCAUGCAGUACUUGCUUGAAAGUGGUGUUAAGUCUGGUCCCAAAUGGCGCUCCUUCUUUGACCUUGUUGUUGUGGACACGAGGAAGCCACUGUUCUUCGCCGAGGGCACUGUGCUGAGACAGGUGGACACGGACACAGGCAAGCUUCGCAUUGGGACUUACACUGGAGACCUGCAGCAUGGAACUGUGUACUCUGGAGGCUCUUCUGACAUUGUCUGCGAUCUGCUGGAUGUGAGGGGUAAAGACAUCCUCUACAUUGGAGACCACAUCUUUGGCGACAUUCUCAAAUCCAAGAAGCGCCAAGGCUGGAAGACAUUUUUGGUGGUGCCAGAGCUCAGCAAGGAGCUCCAAGUGUGGAAAGAGAAGAGCCAUCUCUUCGAGGAGCUGAAACGUCUUGAUGUCUUCUUAGCUGAGCUUCACAAGCACCUUGACAGCGGCAGUCGAGAGUGUCCAGAUAUAAGUGCCAUUCAGACCAGGAUGAGGGUGGUGACCUACAGGAUGGACAUGGCCUACGGUCAGAUGGGCAGCCUCCUGCGCAGCGGCGCCAGGCAGACGCUGUUCGCCAGUCAGCUCAUGCGUUACGCAGACCUCUACUCCUCGACCUGUGUCAACCUGAUGCACUACCCUCUGAAUUACCUGUUUAUGGCUCCACCAGUGCUGAUGCCCCACGAGACCUUAGUGGAUCACCACUCUGUUGACUUUCCCUCAGCGGAGCUCGCCCUCACCAAUCAUAUCAUCAGGACCAACAAACCCAAGACAAAUUCCCAAGACAGUCCGGAAGAUGCUGUGGCCAUAUGAAGAUGCUGCGUCUGCCAGAGAUACCUCUUAUGUUUCCACUCGUUAUGGACAGUUUUUACUGAUGAAAGUGGCUGCUGGACUUUGGAAGGCUUCGUGGCAGCUAUAACGUGCCUUGUAGAUGCUCACAGCUUCAUUUAGACACAAAUCAAAACUAACUUAUAGCACCACCUGCUGCAAAUGAAUUGCUAUGCCAUGUAACGUUUACGAAAGAAGCCCAGUAUUAAAGUAUGUUGAGAGAUAAUGAUUAAAAAUAAACAAUAACAUAUUCAGGGUUACUGUAUAUGUGAGUGAAAACUUGUCUUAAUCUCUUAAAUCAAUGUUAAUGUUAAAUUAAUGUUAAUGUUGAGCUACUUUUAUUCACAUCGGGUGGUGCGUGUGCACUUUUGAUCUAAUGUUUGUUGAAUGGUUUUUAAAGUUCUAUCAUAUAGUUCAUAAUAUAUAUUUAUUUG